AAUCAAAUCAUGUCGCCACUACUGACUCUCUCACUUUAUAUCCGGUGUUGUCUAGAUUCUGCAUUUCUGGAUCUGAUCUAGGGAAAAAACUCAGCAGAGAAAGGCAGAGGUUUCAAAGAAAUGGAAGCUAUCGUUUCAUCAGUUCUUGGAAAACUAGCAGAGUACACAGUUGAACCGGUUCUGCGACAGUUUGGUUAUCUGAUUCACUAUGAGAGUAACGUUGCUCGUCUCAACAACCAAGUUGAGAGGCUGAAUGCCCAAAGACGCGACGUGGCAGAAAAAAUUGAAGCAGCGACCAGGAAUUCAGAGACUAUUCUUCACGAAGUUGAGAUCUGGUUGGACCAGGUGGAUCGAACCUUACGAGACAAGGAUACGUGUUUUGAAAACGAGCGAACAGCAAAGGCGGAAUGCUGCUCAAAUGGCUGGUUCCCCAAUUUGAAGAUACGGCAUUCGUUGAGUAGGAAAGCGAAGAAGAUGACUCCGGAUGUCGAUCGCCUCAUUGAUAACAAGUUUGAGGUUGUAGGCUUCGCUGCCAGACAUGAAGGGGCCACCUCCUCCCAGGCAUCCAACAUUAUGAAUUUUGAAUCAAGAAAAUCAACCAUUGAAGGUGUGAUGGAAGCUCUGAAAGGGAAUCAAGUCAAUCUGAUUGUCAUAUGCGGCAUGGGCGGAAUUGGCAAGACAACAAUGGUGAAAGAAGUUGUUAUCAGAGCAAAGAAGGAGGGUCUAGUUGAUGAGCAUGCAAAGGUAGUUGUUAAUGACAAACCUGAUAUAAGUAAGAUUCAAUCUGAUAUUGCAGAAUUGCUGGGCCUGAAACUUGAAGAACAGGUUUUAGAAUCAAGAGCAGAUAAGUUAUUUAAUAGAUUAUCUGCUAAGAGAGUUCUUGUAGUAUUAGAUAAUGUUUGGGAAACGCUGGAUUUGCGGGAAAUAGGGAUUCCCAGUGGUCUAAACAGUUGUAAAAUCUUGGUAACAUCACGAAACCAAGAUAUAUUCAAUGAUAUGGAAGAAAAUAGAAAGAAAUUCCCCAUUGAUGUUUUGCCCGAAAGUGAUGCAUGGAGUCUGUUUAAGAAGAUGGCUGGAGAUGACAUUGAAUCUGAUCCCGGGCUGCGUUCGAUAGCAGAACAGGUACUCGAGAAAUGUGAUGGAUUACCAGUUGCAAUUUCAACUCUGGGAAGCGCACUACGGCGGAAAACGAAAGCGGUCUGGAAUGAUGCACUCAGACUAUUACAAAAGCCUUUCGGGGGAGAUAUUCAAGGAAUGAAGAAGAACGUGUAUCAGUCAAUCAGGUUGAGUUACGACUUUCUGGAAAGAGAGGAGGCCAAAUCUUGUUUUCUGUUGUGUUGCAUAUUUCGAGAAAGCACUAAUAUAUGUGUUGAAGAUUUGGUGACGCAUGGAUUUGGUCUUGGGGUCUUUCAUAGAAUUGAUUCAGUUGAAGGGGGAAGGGAUCGUGUAGAAGCCUUGGUUGACACACUCAAAAGUUGCUAUUUAUUGUUGGACAGUGACAAAGAAGAGUGUGUAAGAAUGCAUGACGUGGUGCGUGCCGUAGGCUUACAUAUAGCCUCUGCUGAGAGUGAAGGCACAUUUCUUAUAAGACACGGAGUGGCAUCGGAGAAUUGGACCCGGGGAUUCAUUUGUACAUCACUGACAGCCAAUAAAAGUACUCAUGAGCUUUUGUUGUUGUCAUGCACAGAUGAUGAAAAGAGAUCCGAUGUGGACACACUAGGCACAUUGUAUGGAGUGGAAGAUCUUAAGGUCUUGGACAUCUCAGUUCCUUAUAAGGGUCUUUAUACAUGGAUAACGUUUGCUAUUAUGUCUAGAACAAGAUUGGAAUCACUUCCGGUACUUAUGAGAAACAUUCAAACUCUGUGUCUAAGGGGUUUAGAACUCAAAUUGGAAACAAUUUUUAUGAUUGGGGACCGACGGACACUCACGAUACUCCGCCUAGGUGGAUCUUCCAUACAGCAUGUACCUGAGGAAUUUAAAAACUUGUGCAAUCUAAAGUUGCUAAAUUUGGCGGAUUGUUCGGAACUUCAAGAAAUCUCACCAGGUGUCAUAUCAAGUUUAACCAAACUAGAAGAAUUGAACUUGUGGGGUAGCUUCGAGGACUGGAAUGAUGUGCGGAUUAUUCAACUUUCAUCGGAGCUACUGCAGUUGCCUUUGUUGACGAGUUUAGAAACCACUCUGUCUGUUGAGAUUCUGCAAAACAGCAGGCAUCUAUUUGCUAAGCUUAAAAGAUUUAGGCUCUGUAUACUAAAAAAUAAAAGACGUGUACCCAAGUUUCUCCGCAGUAUACCACUUUACAAAUUGCCCGCAAAUCCUCGUGACAACUUCUUGAGACUUGAAGAUCUUGGCGCAGACUGCUCUCUUCUGGAAGUCUCUGUGUUGCUAAAGACAACUCAUUUUCUACACCUAGGAAAUGAAACUUUGGCCCACCCUUUCAAUGUAGUAGAUGCAGAGUGCGGUGGAAACUUGAAGGGUCUUUCGGUCAAAGACUGUCAUGCUCUGGAAUAUCUCGUUGACUUAACUCGUGCUGAAACUACUCCUGUAGUCUUUCCUGUCUUGGCUUCACUGGAGAUCUAUGGUGCACAGAGGCUGAAGGAGAUUUUUCAUGGAUUACUGCCAGUGGGGUCGCUUAAAUCACUACGACGUUUAAUCAUACACCGGGCGGAUGAAUUAAGGCAUGUUUGGAAGACAGAAAGCCAGUUUGACCGCCUGGAAAGUCUAACAUUAACGAUUGUCAAUCGUUGCAAGUUAUUGUUGCUUGGCAAGAAUCGGGACAUCAUCAUGCGGAAGAACCCAGGGAGAUCAACUUCCCUAAUUUGACACAGUUGGAACUUGCAGAACUACCAAGCCUCGUUGGGAUAUGUAGCAAAAAAGUCUGCAAGCUCAACUUCUCUAAAUUGUUAGAUUUACAACUCAGAACGCUUCCGCGAUUCAGUGGUCAGUGGUUGAAUGGUUUGGCUCCAACAAGUAACUCUAAUGACGUCGAUGUACAACAGGUUGAUUUUCCACUCUUGAGACUUCUGUAUCUUGAACAUAUGCACAACUUUGAAGAGAUAUGGCACAACCAACUCUCUCCCUACUCAUUCUGCGAACUAAGAGAACUCAACGUGAGACAUUGUGACAAAAUAUCACAUUUGGUACCAACAUACAUGCAAAACAGAUUGCAGAAAUUGGAGAAGAUACAUGUGUCCAAGUGUUCUUCGCUACAAGAGAUUUUUGAAUUGAGGAGAUCGAGGGUCAAUGAAGAUGAAGGAUCAAGGGAAACACCGUCAAAUAUUUACCAACCUGAUCAAGGAAUACUACAAAUAAACAAUCAGAUCAAAUUCUUUCAGCAUCUAACAAAUUUAUCCGUCGAUGGAUGUGAAAGUUUGAGAAAAUUGUGCUGUUCUUCCAUUGCAAGAAGUCUUGUGAACCUUGAAAAACUAGAAAUCAGUGAGUGCAACAGGUUGGAAGAAAUAAUAGCAGCAGAAGAGGGUGAAGAAGCAGAGGAUAACAGCAUGUUCCAUCUCAGACUUUUGACUCUUCAAAAUCUACCAAAUCUCGUAAGUUUUUUCAGAGAAGAAUGUGCUUUAUAUUGGCCAUCCAUGGAAGUCAUAACUAUUAAGGACUGCCCCGAAAUGAAGAAAUUCUGUUCAGGAUCGCUUAUCACAUCAAUGGAAAUGAAAAUAGAAAUAAGUGGUAAAGUUGAUGAGAAUAUUCACAGGGAGCUUGACAUGAGUAAGAGGAAAGCCUGAUCUGCAUUUUAAGAUCCCUAUAAAAUGUAUACUAUCAUCCCUAACAGAUUUAGAUUGAGAGUUGCAUUUCAGCGCGUGCAGGAGUGAAUCUGGAGCAGUUACUUUUUUUUUUUUUCCUUUGGCAGAAGAGCUGUUAAUUUCACAAUUUGGGGCCACUGUGAGAUUGUUACAUGUGUUUGCAAGAAUUCCUGAAUAAGCGAACUUACGCCUACCUAGCAGACAAUAAGAUUGAUAGUUGUGUGAUAAAAAAAAAAAAAAAGGUGUGUCAUUUGUUUAUUUUGUAAGAUGAGAGGUUUUUGUUAUUGUGUAUUAACUUUUAUGGCACGUUUACUAACUUGAAAUCGGAAUAAAUCAUGAAUCGGAGACAGCUGGAAUGGGAGAAGAGAGGAAUCGGUAUGAGAAUAAUUUAAUUCCAUUACGCUGUUUACUUACCAUGUGGAAUCGGAAUAAGAAUGAAACUGAUUACGA